AUGUCUGAAGUUCUAGAGAGAAGAGGAAAGAGCUUUGAUGGUGGUCGCGUUGGCAAUUGCGGUGGCGGAAAGAUGGUGGCCAGUGGUUUGGGCUUGGGACUUCCACAUUGGUGGUCUCAAGUUCGAAACCCCUUGCCAAUGAAAGCAAGGGGUUUUCCUUCUUGGACGAGCUCGUCUUAUUGGGUUUGCCUAGUGUGGGUUACCUCUCCUGUGUGGUUUUACCCUUUGCGCAUCCAAAGGGUAGCAGCUGAAGAGAACCUGAUUAUCCUGAACUCCAAUGAAAACAGGUCUCAGUUGCAUGCUAUCAAUGCUGAGUACAUUACAUACCUGAAAAUGGAAGAUGCUAUUCUCAGACAGAAGACUCAGCUACAUUGGUUCAAAGAAGGGGACAUGAACUCUAGUGAUGCUGAAAUAGCUGAUGCUGCUUGUGAGCAUUUCCAACAAUUUUUUACUGGAGAGGAGAAAUACAUUGAACAGCAGGCCCUUCACUUUAUCCCUGCAAUGGUUACUGACAAGGACAAUGAAGAACUCCAAGCCAUGCCUACCAUGGAAGAAGUGAAAACUGUAGUUUUUUCAAUGAAUCCUAAUUCAGCUGCUGGUCCAGAUGGGAUGAAUGGCACCUUUUUUCAGGAAAUCAUCCACCAGAUUAAAAAACCAAAUGUUGGAGGCAAUGUUGUGAUCAAGCUUGAUAUGGCCAAGGCUUAUGAUAGGGGUGAUCCUCUUUCCCCUGCCCUAUUCAUUCUUGGUGCUGAAGUACUUUCCAGACUCAUGAAUAAUCUACAUCAUCAUCCUCAAUUUCAUGGUUUCUAUAUGGCAAAACAUGGACCUCAGAUCAACCACCUAAGCUUUGCAGAUGAUAUCAUCAUCUUUUCCUCUGGAAGAAAGCAAACCUUAAAUCUCAUCAUGGACACCUUAGCUACUUAUGAAAGGAUCUCUGGACAAUUGAUCAACAAGCAUAAAAGCCACUUCAUGAUCCCCUCCAAUGCAUUUAAGUCUACUGUAUUGAGGAUCAAGAGAAUCAGGGGCUUCAACCAAAAGAACAGUCCCAUAACCUAUUUAGGGUGUCCUAUUUAUAUUGGCAGGCAAAGAGUUAUUUACUACUCCGAUCUUAUUUCAAAAAUAGUAAAUAGAAUCACUGGAUGGCAAGCUAAAAUCCUGAGUUAUGGGGGAAGAGUUGUACUUGUCAAGCAUGUUAUUCAAGCCAUGCCAAUACAUUUGUUAUCAGCUAGUACUCCUCUUUCAACCACCAUCAAGCAGAUACAAAGUAUCACUGCUAAUUUUUUCUGGGGAUGGAAAAAUGAUAAGAGGAAGUACCAUUGGUCCUCUUGGAAGAACCUAAGCUAUCCUUAUGAUGAGGGGGGCAUAGGGGUUAGACAGAUCACAGAUAUGGCUAAAUCCUUUCAGUACAAGCAAUGGUGGGUCCUUAGAACCAAGAACACCUUGUGGGGAGAAUUUCUUAAAGCCAAAUACUGUCAGAGGGCUAAUCUUAUUACCAAAAAUGGAACACUGUCUGGCUCUUGCCUUUUUUGGUGGGACAACUGGCUAGGUGUUGGCCCUUUAGCACAUUUCUCUGCUAACAGCACCCAAGUCUCAGCUUUUAUGAUUAAUGGUCAAUGGAAUGCUGAACUGAUCAUCCAAGAGGCACCUCCUCAACUGGUCCCUACCAUUUUAGCAACUCACAUUAACUACCAGCCUCUCAAACAAGACCAUCCCUGCUGGAUUCCAAGUAGCACUGGGGAGUUUAGUUGCUCAUCUGCCUGGGAGCUUAUCAGAGAUAAAAGGACCAAGACUAUUUUAAAUUCAUAUACUUGGCACAAGCCCAUCCCCUUCAAAUGUUCUUUCCUGGUCUGGAGAACCCUUAGAGGGAAAUUACCCACCAAUGAGAAGCUCACCAGCUUUGGAAAAGCUCCUUCACAGUGCUAUUGUUGCUACAGACCUGGACAGGACACCAUAGAUCAUAUCUUUGUUGCAGGAGCUUUUGCCCAGAGUAUUUGGAGGUUGUUUGCUGACUCCUUAGGCAUUAAUAAAGAGUACACACCUCUUAGAAACUUGUUAAUGAGAUGGUGGACCUCAAAGCACAAGAAUAAGGCUCACAAACUCAUUUUACAUGCAACUCAUAUAUUCAUCUGCUGGAACCUUUGGAAGAAUAGAUGUGCUUCCAAGUAUGGUGGGAAGCAAUCUAAUCUUGCUAGAGUCAAGUUUUCUAUCUUCAAAGACACCUCUAACCUGCUCAACACUGCAUUUCCUUAUAUUGAUUGGCCAAAUAACUGGAGGGACCUGGUCCUUUUGACUGAACAAUGUUACCAUGAUACCAAAAUUACUCCUGUCUGCUGGACCAAGCCAACUGAACACUGA